AUGGCGCCGGCCCCUUCCCCUCUCAGCCCGAGCGCCGCUGUUGCAUUUCGCCUCUCGGGCGCCCGGGGGGCGCGGGAGGAGGGGGCCCGCGGAGGAGUCCGGCUGCCGAGCGUCCUGCUCCUGCGCCUGGCUUCUCCUCCUCUCAUAGAGGUGGCAGGGGGCCCGGGAGCUUGCGGGGUGGCGGCUCUGCGCCCCAGCCCCGGCGGGGGCGGGCGCGGUUGCUCGCGGUCUGGGGCGCUGCCGUGCGGCAUCGUUAAAGUCUCUCUUCCCACUGCCGUCACACCUAAGUCAGAGUCUCCUAAAGAACCCGAGCAGCUGGGGAAGCUCUUCAGGGGAGGGUUGAGCUCUGAAAGGACCGAUGAGAGUCUGAGGAGCCAUUCUGAGCAAUGGGGAUCGCCCACGGACUGUGUGGUGAUGACAGACCCAAACACCAAGGGUUCCAGGGGCUUUGUUGUCGCAUACGCCACUGUGGAGGAGGUGGACGCAGCAGUGGAUGCAGAGACACACAAGGUGGAUGGAAGAGUUGUGGAACCAAAGAGAGCUGCCUCCAGAGAAGAUUCUCAAAGACCAGGUGCCCACUUACCUGUGAGAAAGAUCUUUGUUGGUGGCAUUAAAGGAGAUACUGAAGAGCAGCACCUAAGAGACUAUUUUAAACAAUGUGGGAAAAUUGAAGUGAUUGAAAUCAUGACUGACCGAGGCAGUGGCAGGAAGAGGAGCUUUGCUUUUGUAACCUUUGAUGACCAUGAUUCUGUGGAUACGAUUGUCUUUCAGAAAUACCGUACUGUGAAUGGCCACAACUGUGUUAGGAAAGCUCUGUGGAAGCAAGAGAUGACUGGUGCUUCAUCCAGCCAGAGAGGUCGAAGUGGUUCUGGAAACUUUAGUGGUGGUCAUGGAGAUAGCUCUGGCUGUGGAGGAAACUUCAGUGGUCAAGGUGGCUUUGGUGGCAGACGUAGUGGUGGUGGAUAUGGUGGCAGUGGUGGAAGCUUCAGUGAUUUUGGCAAUUACAACAAUCAGUCUUCAAAUUUUGGACCCAUGAAGGGAGGAGAUUUUGGAGGCAGAAGCUCUGGUCCCUAUGGUGGUAGAGGCCAAUACGUUGCCAAACCACAAAACCAAGGUGGCUGUGGUGGUUCCAGUAGCAGCAGUAGCUAUGGCAGUGGCAGAAGGUUUUAAUUACUCCCAGGAAGCAAAGCUUAGCAGGAGAGAGAGCCAGAGAAGUUACAGGU